CUCGUGUGGGCGUCGAGAACGUGUCGUCGCCGUCGCCGUCGCAGUCGCUGUCGCCGUCACAGUCGUCGUCCUUUUCGUUGUCGUUGUCGUCGUCGUUGUUAUUGUUGUUCUCGUUGUCGUCUCUGUGUCUGGAGCCGAACAGCGUCGAACAUCUAAUUUCGCCGUGCGAUUUCGCUACAUUCAAAAUGUGUGAGUUGUUGCUGCGCUGUCCGUGCAACAGCAACCAGCAGCAGCAACGCAUCAUUUGCAAAUUAGCAGCAGCAGCAACAGUUGCAGGCAGCAACCAACAAAUUCGUUGAACGAAUUGUCAAAAAAGGAAAAGAAAAACAACAAGAAGAAGAUAAAGCUUAAAUUCUUUAACCUCAAGAAGAAAAAAGACUUUAAAAGUGAAACGGGGAAAAGCGUAAACCAAAAGCAACCAAAAAACAACAAAAAUAAUUGAAACCAAAAAGUACAAAACCAAAAACCAAACAAAACUCAAACCAAGACAAAGCAAAAACAAAUCAAAAUCAAAACAACAAAAAAACAAAAACAUCAGUCAGUCAAUCAGUCACCAAUCAGUCAGUCAAUCAAUCAAUCAAUCAAUCAAUCAAGAUGCUGAAGAUACACAUGCUGGAGCAGGUCGUCAGCACCGAGAACGUCUGCGAGAAUGGAGGAGCUGGCGGAGUUCAGGAGCUCUCACCCAAACGCAAAGUGGCAGGUGCCUCAUCGAGUGUGGCAAGUGCCACAGGCGGUGGCGGUGGCGGUGGCAGCUCCUCAUCGUCGAAGAGCACGCCCACAGUGUCGGCCACCAACUCGCCGCAUCAUCAGCCGACGCCGCCACAGCGUCACAUUCAUGCAACCUCCGCAGCGUCCGCAGCUGGCAAAUGCUUCAGCCAGGGAUCCUCACCAGCCGGACGCCAGCAUGCCUUCAUGGCGGGCAACAACCAGAAGCAACAAUCGGCACAAACAGUUGGUGGCAGCGUCACCCACAGUCCGGAACGAUUGCGAGGCGCCACACAGGAUCUCUUCGAGCUGCUGGAGAGAGUGCAAUGCUCGCGUCUCGAUGAUCAACGCUGUGUGCUCCCAGCCUACUUCUCACAGAACCAUCGCGGCAGCAAUGGCAGCGAGGAGCGCGUGCCACAGCCGCAUUCACCACACGAUGCUGGCCACAAUGGAGGAGGACUGCAGCACUCGGGAUCGCGCGCCACAUUGCGCCAUUCGAUGAAUCACUCCAGCACCUCAGUCUCUGGCUCCGCCUGCAGCUCGACGCCCGCCUCGCCUCAGCUGAGCGGCGUGGUGAGUGCAACGGGCGGCCAACUGCUCUCGAAUGGUCAUCACUAUCAGUCGCAAUCGUCGGUCUCAUCGAACUCCUCGAUUGUCUCGGCCAUUCCCGCCUCGCAGCGUCUGCUCGAGGAUGCGUUGUCCAAGACGGCGCCCUACCCGAUGAUUCUGCUGCCCCUACACGGCGGCUAUUGGCUGGAUGGCACCGAGCACGAGUGCAGCUACGAUGCCCGAGGCAAUCCACAGUUGCCACAGACCACCUGGAUGGCCAAGUUCGAGACGGACGAUACGGCCAAGUGCUAUCGUCGCUUCUAUGCGGGACGCGAGCACUCCAACCUCGUGGGUCACGACGAGCAACUGGGUCCGGUGCUCAUCUCCAUCAAGACAGAGAACGUGGCCAAUCAGGAGCACAUGCGCAUCCUGCUGCGACUCCGCACUGGCACCAUGCACGAGCAGAUUCCCGUCUCCUGCAUGGGCGCCCAGCCGAGUCCGGCGAAAAUGGUGCGACUGCUGAACGAACAGAUUCAGGUGGACAACUUUAUGCCCGUGCUGUGUCCGCGUGCCUCGCAGCUGAUCAGCGUCUACGAUGAGCAUGUCUUAGUGUCGCACUUCAAGUUCGGCGUGCUGUACCAAAGAUACGGCCAGACCACCGAGGAGGAGCUCUUUGGCAACCAGCAGACGUCGCCCGCCUUUGAGGAGUUCCUCGAUGUGCUCGGCCAGCGCAUUCGCCUCAAGGAGCACAAGGGCUAUCGCGGGGGACUGGACAUUCAGAACGGACACACUGGCGACACAGCAGUCUAUGAGGUGUUCAAGGAACGCGAGAUCAUGUUCCAUGUCUCGACGCUGCUACCCCACACCGAGGGUGAUCCACAGCAACUGCAGCGCAAGCGGCACAUUGGCAACGACAUCGUGGCCAUCGUGUUCCAGGAGACCAACACGCCCUUCUCGCCGGACAUGAUUGCCAGCCACUUCCUGCAUGCCUUCAUCGUGGUGCAGCCCCUCGAACCCAACACCCCACACACUCGUUACAAGGUUAGCGUCACGGCUCGCGACGAUGUUCCCUUCUUCGGGCCGACGUUGCCCAGUCCUGCGGUGUUCCGCAAGGGACAGGAGUUCAAGGAGUUCCUGCUGACGAAGCUGAUCAAUGCGGAGAACGCCUGCUACAAGGCCGAGAAGUUUGCCAAGCUCGAGCUGCGCACUCGCACCUCGCUGUUGCAGAACCUCGUCGAGGAGUUGAAGGAGAAAACCCGCGACUUCCUCGGCGCCGAUCUGUCGCAGACCAUUGCCGGCAGUCCCACCCCCGAGACACCCAAGUCAGAGAGCGGCGGUGGCGGUGGCAGCGGCGGAAAUGCAGGCACUCGCUUCAUUGACACCGUCAAGAAGGCGCUGAUCAUGCGCGUGCGCUCCCAGAGCGUCGACACCGGCAACGGGGCGCAUCCGGACAAGUUCAGUGUGAACACCAAGCUGGGCACACUCAAUGCCAAAAAGGAGCCACAGCCCGAGACGCAAACGCCCAAUCUGAAUACCUGCAGUCGCACGGCGUCCAAGUCGUCGUCCAAGUCCAAGUCGUCGAAUGAGUCGACCUCCUCGUCGCCGGACAUCACUUCGCGACCGGCCAACAACAACAACAACAACAACUUGGCUGUCCACGCUCCAGUUGCCAGCCAACAGAAUGGCGGCGGCAUUGGAGGCGUGGCCUCAGCUGCUGUGAGCGCAGCGCAGAAUGGCGGUAUUGUGGGCGUGGCCGUGGCCACCAUGUCGGAGACCAGCGAUGACUCGAGCUUGAACAGCGUAGAUCUUGACCCAAUGAUGGGUCACCUCGAUGGAGGCGCCGCUUACAUCGACAGCGACACUGGGCUGGAGAGCAUGAGCUCGGCGGAGGCCACGACCAAGGCGUGCUCGCUGUGCUUGGAGGGUGUGCAGGGCACCAUGAUGGGCAGCUCGCCCAGCAACGAGACCAUCAUGAUGAUUGAGAAUCUGCGCCAGGAGGUCACGCGCCUCAAGUGCGACAAGCUCGAUCUGCUGCGGCAGAAUGUGACCUGUCAGCGAGAUAUCAAGCGACUAAGGGAGCGAGAGAUGUCCUUGCAGGGUGAUCUGGCUGCAGCUGGACGCGAGAUCCUGCGACUACGCGAUCUUCUGAAGGAAUACAUGCCGGACACGGCUGCCGCGCCGCUCUCCAUAUCGCCCAUCUAAGCGUCUAACGCAGCGAGAGAGAUACAGAGAGAGAGAGAGAGAGAGGAAGUUGAAAGGAAAGAGCAGGAGUAACCACUGUGCCGUGUAUAACACUUUGGAAGCAUCGAGAGAAGGGAGGAGAAUAAGUCGAAUCGAAGUCGAAGGAGCAAAACUGUAUUAUAUUUAGUUUGCAUUAGAUCUGUAGAACUCGCAGAGAUCAACAAAACAUUAUUACGGACGAAGAGGAGAAGGAGUUCGAGAAUUAUUAUUACAGUUAGAGAGUACAGUUAGUAGUCUACCUAUGCGUAUAUAUAUGUAUAACAGUUACAAACUAAACGAAAAACGAAAAAAAGCAUCAACACAGAACACAAAACUCAAAAAGUUACACCAAAUAUAUAGCAUCUAAGUCUUUAAGCAUAUUUAAACGCAAUGCUAGAAUUUCCCCCAACCCCAGACGAAAAAAAAUCCCUAAUCCCUAAUCCUUAUUAUAAGUAGAAAGAGUGCAAGAAAGAGACAAAUAGUGUCGUAGAAAGAGAGAGAGAAAGAGAGCGAGUGCUAUCGAUUAGCCAAGCAUCACAGUUACAGUUACAGGUUAAAGUUAAAGAUAAAGAUACAGAAAGUUAUUCCACGAUUAUCGAAUUCAAAUCACGAUUAGUAGAUCAAUGUUACGCAACACAAUUUGUAGUCGCACCUGGCAAUAUUCUGUGAAACUCUCGUUUUCAUCACAAGAACAACCUCAUCAGCAAUUUAUAACCAAUAAUAAUUACUCACACACUCACACAAUGAAAUUACAAUAUAAUCGAUAUAUAUUCGAUAUAUAUGUGUAUUAUGUAUGUAUGUGUUUCACCAUUUCACAGGAUAUCACAUCCCCUCGAUAGUUUCUAGCAGCAGCAAAAUCGAUAACACAAGAUAACAAACCAACCAAUCAACCAACAACAAAACCAACAAAUCAACUCUUAUCAAUUAAGUUUAAGUUGCUUUAAAUAUUUCUAAUGAACUAUGUUAAAUAUUUAAGUUGAGAGCAGACGACGACGAAGCAUCGAAUCGAUCUGCGGACUCAUUGUACAUAUUUUUAAUUUAACAACGCAUAAUUCUCGAUCAAUCGAUCAAUCAUCGAUCAAUCGCAAUUAACAAAAAACUCUUUAACAAAAACGAUACAAGAAAUGUUUCAAAAUCACAACAAACAAUUUUCACAUAUUUAGACAAUUAUUAUGAAUAAAAAAAGAAAAUCAAAGAAAAAUCAAAGAGAGUUCUUAUCAAGUUAUCGACAUGAAAUUAUGCAAAAAGAAAACAUAAAAAAACAAAAUUUAAUCUAUGAAUUCUACCAUAAGUACCACAAAUUGUUUUUGUUGAGAAGCAUCCGUAAUUUUUAUGUGUAAAAUAUACAAAAGAAAAACAAAAUCAACAAAUAUAAAUAUAUAUGCAAAAUAUAUGGAAUAUAU